UAAUCAAGGGCAUCUCUAUUUUAUGCCUUCCAAAAAAAUGGAAAUGAAUUUUUUUUAUCAUCGGACAGACAACAAAUCUGAAGGUGUGAUGAAUUCCCCAAUUUAUUAUCCAUUGGAAAAAUGUAUAUAAAAUGGUGGAAUUUUGUGCUACAUUCUUCGUUGAAAAUAAAAUUCAUAACUUCUUCAAAUAAUUAUCCGCGCAGAAAGAAUAAAUAGACACGUAAAAUGUGGGAGUAUAAAAAUAUAAAACGGUAUUUUGAAAUUGAAUAUCAUGGAGAAAUAGUUCCGAGAGCGGUCGCCAGUACUGGCGUCGCCACAGUCGUGCAUCAUGGCCGCUUUCUAACCGUUUUCCCACCCCUGUGAAUUCCUCGCGAAAAAAAAAAACAAACAAACAAGUAAAGUGAUGUCAAACGACGCCGUAAUAAUGAUUGUGCGAUGACUCAGUGCCAAUUGUUUGGAUAAAUAAUUGUGUCCGAGUGUAGACAUGACGGAAGAUAAUGAGGAUACGGCGCUGACCGAAGAUGCAACAAUUAGCGACACGGAAUCUGUGCCGUCGUCAAUCAGUCGUAGCCUGGGCGAAUGCUCAGUUCUCCAGAAGGAAACGUCAAAACUUCCCGAGGAUGUCCAGCCGGUAUCUGGCCGUUCAGAUGAUAGGGAAGUAAAAUGGUGGUUAAAACGUCCAGCAACUCGACUUGGUACCUCCUCGUCCAGAAAAUCAGAGGCCAAGUCGAUGCAAUCGCCAGAAGGUACUUCGUCCAUGCGAGAGUUCUUGGAGAAAGAAAAAUACUGCAGGGUGAUGCAGAGGGAUGAGACAGAAGGGAGAGAUAGAGAUGAUACUCUUUGUGAUAUUUUGGCCUCCACUGCGUUCGAUAAAUAUCCUGAGGACUUCGAGAACGCCACCGACGAGGAUAUCGGUAGUUUCCUCGAGGAGAUGAGUAAAAUAGCGGGCGCACUGUCUCCGAACUCGGCCCCAGAGCGCACGAAAUCCCCGACUUCCUCUAAAAUCCCAACCGAAAAGGAGAAAUCAGUGGAAGAGCUGCUUCAAGAAGCGGAGAGAUUAGUCCGUGAAAACGUAAGUCUAUCAAAGAGUUCCUCCCGUUCUGACACCCUAAUUCCAUCCCCCGAUAUUUCAAAAUCCUCCCAAUUUCGUGCCAAAAACCCGGAGGAUGAUAUUUUUAACCUCAUCCAGCGAGAGGUCCAUAAAGAGAGCGAAAAAAUCCGUAAGAGUCCGAGGAUCGAGAGGCAACGUCCUCAGACCCCGGACAUGUCCAUUUCCCAGGAUAUCCCAAAUACCCUAAAACCCCCGACUCCCUUGGAACUCCAAGAGAGACAUUUCGAGGAGCAAAAGGUCGAGGUGUCGAGUAGUUCCGAUCUGGACGACCCUAUAGACCGUCACUCGAACUCGGAGGACCUGAAGUCCUUAAAAAAGUCUCAAGAGCAUAAAGUGAACCUCCAAAAGGAGAUCACUGACGUCGACAAAGACUUUUUCGAUGAUUUGUUGAGAAAAUCUCGGGAGAAAAUGGAGGGAGGGAUAUCCGGAAGCUCGAGCUUUGGUCAAGAGGACUUCUCCCAUUUCUUAAAAAUCCUCCAGGGCAAGUCUGACGCGGAGAGUACGAAAAACUUUCCCCCAACGGACCCAAAAAGUUCCAUCUUCCCAGAAAAAGAGAUCACAGAGAUCCUAGAGAAGGAACUUUCAUCUGUCUCGAGGCAAAAGAAUUCCCAUGAAAUUGAUUCCGAUUUCAACGGUAAGUCGAUCUCGAGAAGGAGCAGUGCGUUGUCCCGGAACUCGAGUCGAGAGAGAUCGUCUCAAGCGGAAGUCCGAAAAGUCCCCAACAGUGAAACUGAGCUUUACACAGUGGGCCUCACUCCGAGACUCGAAUUAUUCGCCGACGCCAUUCCCAAGUUGAUUGCAGAGAAAAAUUCCCCUCAAAUCACUCCCCGAAAGUCUUACGAGACUCCCGGAGACGACGAGAAAGAUCCCGAGAUUUUUGGAACGCUUUCUUUGGCCCUGGGGACGUCGAGGGCUUCAAAGCCCCCGAAGCCUCCAGACAAGAAGUUACCAAAUCGUGAAUCCCUCGGCCUUUCGCGCAGUUACGAUCAACUCUCCAGGCCGAUGACUUCCUUCCGAUCCUCCCUGGACGAUGUGAGGAACCCGAAAUCCCCUGAGACCCCCAGAAAGCCAGCUAUCGGAUCCAAAACGGUCACUAAAAAUCCAAAAGCCCCCUCAAGGUCCUUCCAGGUCUCCUCGAAGAUCAAAUUAUCGCUAAAACCGACAGUUCAAAAACAGCCCCUGACGAUGCGCGUCAGAACUCCCGAAUCUAUCGUAAAACGCGCACUGGCUGGUGGCGACAACCGGCGAAAUCUCUCAAAAAGCGAUUACGAGGCACUCUAUCUCGAGGAGAAGCACAAAACGUCUCUGAUGCGAGAUCAGAUCGAAGCCGAGGCGAAGCUCUACAAGCAGCAGAUUCACAGCAUGCGAGAGACCUUCGAGGAAGAGCUGUUCGUCUUGAAAAAACAGAAUAUCAUUCUGACAGCUAAAGUGGAAGAACUGACUCUGAAGGAGACGAGUGAGAGGCGACUGGAAGUUCCGGGUUCGAGGGCGGAGACGAGGGUCAAUUUAUUGGAGAAGGAGCUGGAGCGGCAGGAGAGCUUGAUAAGGACUUAUGAGACUGAGAACAAAAAGUUGAUGGUGGAGACGAAGCGCCAACAGGAGGAGAUCAAGGGUCUAGAGGAAAGGCACAGAGCCAAGGAUGUUUCAGUGGCUUCCGGUGAAAUUCAGAAGCUCAACGACAUCAUCAAGGACCUCCGCGAGGAAAUUCUCAAGCUCAAUUUUGACACUUCCGAUCUUCGCCAGAAGAACGCGGAUUUGGUUCUCAAGCAUGACGAUGUGGUGCAGCAGAACGAACUUCUUCAAGACGAACUUGCGUUAUUCAAGGAUCAGUUAAAGUCGAAGGACAAGUUUAUAACUGACAGACUUCAGUCCAUGAGGACCGAGGAGAUGGACACGCGCAGGAAGAUGGAAGAGAUGAGGAUUGAGCUAUCGUCGAAGACUGAGAAGCUGAGACUGACGAAUGCUGAGUUUGAAAAAUUCCAGCUGGCGAUUGCACCCCUUGAAAAGGAGCUUCUGGAUUUGAGAGUUAAGGAACAGAGCUUACAGGAGAGGCUCGAGGUGUCGAAGGGCCACGUGGAACGUGAGAAAGUGUUAACGCAAAAGCUCAAGGAUCAGGUGAUUCUGGACAAUAAGAAAAUUCUUGAUUUGAAUCGUCAAGUGCGUGAGAUGGAGCGAAUUUUGAAGCGUAAGAAUCCGGAUUCGGUGUCUGCUCUGAUUCUCACAGCCAAAUCCGAUCACGAGCGCAUUAAUUUAGAGAAAAUUAAGCUCCUGGAGGAUAGAAUUGCAUCGCUGGAAGGUGAACUACGUGCGAAGGAGCAAAUUGGACAGGAAAAACUAUCGGAUUUGCAGCAGAAGUUCGCGGAGAUGAGGGAGAAAUAUUCGUUGCAGGUUGCCGAGUUGGAGGAUAAGCUUCGGGAGGCUGCAGCGAAAGCCCUGAAGAGCCAGUCCAACGUUUCCACACAGACGCAGCCAAAACUCACCGAGAACAAGAGCGUCGAGGCGAAAAGGGAGGACGAGAGACUUCAGAAAUCCUCGGAUAAGGAGAUGAAAAACGGAAAGCCGAACUUGAAGUCUCAAAAUCCAAAAGAGGAUGCGCACUUGAUCGCAACGAUAAGAGGCCUGAAACUCGAGCUUGCGAAUAAAGACAAGAGUGUGCAAAAAUUCACAAAAGAAGUGCAGGAGCUUCAGAAGACCAAUCGCCGGUUGCAGAAGGAGCGAGAGCGAUUGUUGAAUGAUCGUCGAAGCGUUCGCUCGGGGGAAACGGAGAAGCUCAGGGGAACGAGGUCAGAGACAAGUGAUCAGAACUCAAAUGUCUGUCAGAACGGACAUUUAUCGAAUGGACAGAAGCUCUCGGGGUCCUCUCAGAAACUAUAUGAUCCACUUCAGUUCUCUGAGAAUGGCGAAAGUUCGGUAGUUAAACGCCUGACUAGUGAGAACGAAAUCCUGAAGGAAGAACUGAACAAAAUGAAUAAAGAUUAUAUGACUUUGAAGAACAAGAGACUCCACGAUCUUAAUCUACUCCAAGAGGAACACGAGCGAGAGAUAGCGGCGCUUGUGAAGGAGUACAGUGUCAAAUUUGGGGAUUCGAAGGUCGUUAAGCUCCAGGGCCAGAUCAACACUCAGGUCGCGAUAAUUUCGCACUUGAAGGAACAGAUAGAUAAGCUACAGGAUUACAAGGAGCAGGUGAUUGUUCUUAAGGUGGAGCGGGAGCAUCUGGAGAAUAAAGUGAAAAUAUUAAAUGAAAAAGUCAAGUAUCUCUCGACACCGGGGACUGAGCAGUUGCAACUGCUGCAGGAUAAGAUAACGAUUCUUCAGCAGAGGCACGAGAGCCGUGAGAUGACUCUCCAGAAUCUGGUGAGGGAUUUGCUGAGGAAUAAGACGCUGUGUCGCGAUUGUAAAGGGGAGAAGGGAAAGAAUAAGCAGCUCUGCUAUUUUCGCCAAGAGUUGGAUCACAUUCUGGGAAUGCUCCAGGAAAUCGCCAAUGUUUAGAUGAGUACCUUUUUAUUUUUGUGAUACCAUUCUGUUGACGCGGGUGAAGUGAGACUAGAACAGUGCAGUGAUUUUUUAAACGUGAUUCUACAGUGGAUAUUCCAUUACAAAUGGUCUGAGUUUUAAAGCGUACGACAAAAUAUUUUUUAUGCUUCAUGAUUGGGGGUUUUUAGGGAGUUGUGUUGUUGUUUUUCUCCAAUCAUUCCUAUUUCCAAUGACGUCGAAUGUCAAUGAACAUUCCGAAUGACGUUGAUUUGUACAAAUAGCCAAAAAAAUAUAAUUGAUGUCCAAUCGAUACUCCUGAGUAGAUUUCCAAAAAUCACUUGCAAGUAAUUUUGAAUAAUUAGAUUAUCGAUUGGGGUCACUGCCAAAGAUAAUAUUAAUCGCUGGAGUUUUACCAGAAACUUGAGCAUUUAUUUUGAUGAAUUUGUCUCUCUUAAUGUCGCUGAGAUCUUGCCAGAAGAAAAGUAACGAACAAAUCUUCCAUGAACUAACAAACAAAAUCUUAUAAAUUUGCAUCAAACAUAUUUUUUCGCUAAGAUAAUUUGCUGUAAAUAGAUUGAACUAGACUCAUUACGAUUAUUGAAAAUUGCAUUCAUAUAGUUAGGUAAUAUCCAGUGAGUUUUGUCCUAGGAGACAUCACAAUCAACGAAUUUUUUUCUGUAUAGAGUAUAAUAUUACGAGGUUUGAAGGGUGAAUAGAUAAAGCAUAUAUAUCAUUCAUCACUUAUUUAUUGACAGACUUUGAGAGAAAGCUCAUCUUCAAAUAAUUCCAUUGAGAUACUCAGUAUUGCACGAGAAAUAUACUCAUUUUUUACAUGACACUUUUUAGCUUUAAACUACAAGAUAAUGUACAAACUCAUCUUGAAUAAAUGAAUCUUUUUCGUCCAGAUUUAACAAAACAAUUACUUCUAAUUAAAAAAAAAAGGUGUCACUACAACCAGAAUUUUUUCCAAUUGUGCUUUUCACCGAGAAAAUCCGUCGAGGAUAAAUUAAAUAUUACAGCUUCUUGCCACGAAAAAUACUCUUUAUUACAUGAAUAUUUUCAACAACUUCAGAAUAAGGUAUAUAAUGAGUCAGCGCACAUUGAGUAACAGGUAAAUACAUAUUUUCUUCGGCACUACUCUAAAACUGUCUAUUCUACUAUUUUUUUUCUACACAAAGUGCAGUCAACUUCUAGAAAGCUCUACGUUGGACUCCAGAAGCGGGGGUAAUAAGAGCUACUCGCGGAUUGCAGUUAAGGGUCCAUGAAUUAGGGCUGCCAUACUGAUAGUUUUACCAAGCGAGAAGACGAGCUGCGUGAGUCAGGGUAUUUCUGCGAAAGAGUAAACAGUUUUAGCAUCCGAAUUAAGAAGACACCGUGAUUAAUUACAUACUCAGUGACACCCUUACUUGAUAUAUCCAUUUUUCUGCUUGAAAAGCGAUGCGGUGUAAAGCGUGCAGAGGAUCAGCACGAAAAUCUGCCGGUAAACUUCGUAAUUAGUGCCCUCGGUGAGAUCCUUGCUGUCCCCUAGAGUCGGUACUGUCGUGAGGUAGAUUUGGUUGUCUGCGCUGCGAUGACCGUUUUUGGUUUCAGCGGCUCUUACAAUACGUCUCUGUCUGUCAUUUUCCCUGGAGUUUUCCCGUGACGUUCUGCGCUCCUCCCUCGUCUCGCGUUCGACUUGACGACGAUGGAGAGACGGAGCCGUGUUCUGUCGUAGGGAAUUCACCCAGGACGUCUCCCGUCGCAUGUCUGAGGGUUCAGAUUCUCUCCUUUCGUUUGAACGAACCCGUUGGAUUGAUUGCUGACGUUCUGUAGAUCGGGUGUGACGAAGUUCGAAGGAUCUUCGGUCUUCCGAGCGGAUGUCAGCUCUUUCGCGGAUGGAAACACGAGUCAAGGUGCGUUCUAGAGAUCGUUGUUGACGGCUCCGUUCGGUGACGAGUCGUUCCUGAUGAUCUGCUCGGCUCAGACGACGCUCCGGGGAUCGGCGAUCGGCGGAUCGUUCGCGCGAUCGUCCAGAGGCAGUUCUCUCCCGUGUUAGACGUUCUUGACGAUCUAAAUUACGUGUGGAGAGGAGCUCUGAUGGUAAGCGCUCCGCCGAUCGCAUAUCCGACAGCCGAACAUUCGUCCGUUCCCUCGUAAGUCGUUCUCGACGCUCCGGAUUACGACUGAGAACACGAUCGACGGAAUUUCGGUCGGCUGUCCUUCUCGAAGCGUCAUUACGUGUCGUCUGUUGACGGCGGCUUUCGAGACGUUCCCCCGAUCUUCGAUCUUCAGUAUUGAUUCUGGCUCGACGCUCGGAAUCUCGAUUAUCCACUCGUUCCGCCGAUCUGAUCGAUCUUCGAGCCUCCAUCCUUGAUUCCGUCAAGCGCUGCUGACGGACUGGACCGCGCGUUGCACGACGUUCAACGAAUUGUGCGACAUUUCUUCUCGUUCGGUUGUCUUCAGAACCUUGACCUCGAUUUUCUGCAGAUCGUUCUCGCUGCAGUCGCGAGUUCGUCCUUCGUUCAGUCUCUUGACGUCUCUCAGACGCCAUCUCUCUCCUUUCAAUCGAUCUCGCAACGUCGGCGCGUUCCAUUCGGUUAUCAGAUCGCAUGUCGCGUCGUUCAGAACUUCGUCGAGUAGCGAUCGCUCGACGCUCUCGAACCUCUACUUCCGGGUUGGUACGACGUUCCGUCCUCCUCCGUUCGAGCGGUUGGACUCUUCUGUCGAGGGAACGAACUCGCCUAUCGUCAUCAGAUGAUCGGGCUCGGGCCAUCCGGUCGACACGUACAUCCUCACGUCUCUCCUCACUUCGACGGUCAGACAAUCUUCUCUCGGAUAGUCUCCGCUGCAGAAGCCUGGACGGAUCUGUUCGACGUUCGGUUGGAGUUUCUCGUAUUCGGUCAGUCCUGGAAGUGCGAUCGAGUGACACCGACCGACGAUCCUCGUGACGGCUGAUGACUCGUCGCUCUGAUCUGGUGUCUUGCGAUCUUGUCAGUCUUUGAUUCUCCUCUGCUCGAACAUCUCUAGUGUUCGCGCGAUGUACAACAACGCGAUUCCGCGAAUCCCUAGUAUUUCGAACAUCUCGUGCCGAUCUCUCGAGGACCCUUCGCGAUUCACGCUGGGAUCGCUCUAGGUGUCGAGACGUCGCACGGUGGUCGAGCGAUCUAGAGGAUCUAGUUAUGGUAGUGGGGUCGAAUCCUGGGGUAGCUGCCACGUCGUCAGCAGAGGGCAAUCGGUGAGUGAAGGGGUUGUCAUUAGGACAUGCAUCCACUCUGCAAUCAGAGAUGGAUUUGUAGAAUAUUU